CUUUCUUUUUGUCUUGCUUCUUCCGCAUUCACUCAAUCAGAUUAGUUAAGAAUCCAAUCCAACCAACCAAGUCACUUUCCGAAGCAAUCCAUCGAUUCUAGUGUUAAGGGCUUUCUCGUCACGAGAAUUUCGAUACUUGUGUCUAGAACAGAGUAAGAACACCGAGAGAUCGGUCUUUAAUUUCUUUAAUUCGGAGCAUCUGGAGAAGAUUACCAACAAUGUCUGAUCUCAAAGAGCGUUUGCUCCCUCCAAGACCUGCUUCUGCUAUAAACCUCAGAGGAGAAGCAGCGUCUCGCCCUUCUGCCUCAGGGAGACAACCUCUCCUCGGAGUUGAUGUUUCAGGUCUCAAGAAGCGUGGACAAGGUCUCAAGUCAUGGAUUCGUGUUGACACUUUUGCUAAUACACAGGUCAUUGAAGUCGAUAAGUUCUCAAUGAUGCGUAGAUGCGACUUACCUGCACGUGAUUUGCGCCUGCUUGAUCCUUUGUUUGUGUAUCCCUCUACUAUCUUAGGGCGUGAGAGAGCUAUUGUUGUUAACUUGGAGCAGAUACGUUGUAUUAUUACUGCGGAUGAGGUUUUGCUUUUGAACUCUCUUGAUAACUAUGUGCUUCGGUAUGUGGUUGAGCUUCAGCAGAGACUAAAGGCAAGUGCUGUAGGUGAGGUUUGGAAUCAGGACAGCAAUGAACUCAUCAGGAGGAGGAGUAAUAGGAGUUUAGACAAUGUGUUCCAAAACUCAUCUCCUGAUUAUUUACCUUUUGAGUUUAGGGCUCUUGAGAUUGCUUUGGAAGCUGCUUGUACCUUCCUUGAUGCUCAGGCUUCAGAGUUGGAGAUUGAGGCAUACCCAUUACUUGAUGAGCUUACUUCAAAGAUUAGUACUUUGAACUUGGAGCGUGUGCGUAGACUGAAGAGCAGGCUUGUGGCAUUGACGAGAAGAGUUCAGAAGGUUAGGGAUGAGAUUGAACAGUUGAUGGACGAUGAUGGGGACAUGGCUGAGAUGUAUUUAACAGAGAAGAAGAAGAGAAUGGAAGGUUCUUUGAAUGGUGGUGAUCAUCACUCUUUACAUGGCUACAGAUCAAAUGAUGGUGUUUCUCUCUCUGCACCGGUGUCUCCUGUUUCGUCUCCUCCUGAUUCAAGGAGACUUGAGAAAAGCUUGAGCAUUGCAAGGAGCAGACAUGACAGUGCAAGAAGCUCAGAAAGUGCUACAGAUAAUAUAGAAGAGCUAGAGAUGUUGCUUGAAGCAUACUUUGUUGUUAUUGACAGCACUCUCAACAAGCUAACCUCAUUAAAGGAGUACAUUGAUGAUACUGAAGACUUCAUCAACAUUCAAUUGGAUAAUGUGAGGAAUCAGCUGAUACAGUUUGAGCUGCUGCUAACUACUGCGACAUUUGUUGUAGCCAUAUUUGGAGUUGUAGCAGGAAUCUUUGGGAUGAAUUUUGAGAUAGAUUUCUUUGAACAGCCUGGUGCUUUCAAAUGGGUUUUGACCAUUACAGGUGUGUGUGGUCUUCUUGUAUUUUUGGCAUUCCUCUGGUUCUACAAAAGUAGAAGGCUCAUGCCACUGUGAGGACAUAACUGCCCCAUACAAGUAGGAGAUUGCUACUACUGUUUAAGUUGCUUUUAUUUAAUCAUCUGUGACCUUCACAAGAUGGAAACAGUGUUUCUAGAGGAAAUAUUAUGAGAAUGAGAA